UGCUAGACAUUAGGUUUACAUACCGGAGAGAAGAGCAAACAGACGGACACUUUCUUUUAUCCCAUUUUUUUGGGGAAUCAUGCGGCGCUGCACGCGUGCGCAGACCGCCAAAUUGGAUAUCAGUAGUGCGCAGUGACAGGCACUUCUUUUUAUCACUUUCCUCGCCCAGAAAUCGGUUUGUUGUCGUCGAGAAGCGGUACGCGUAAAUUCUGGUAACGAAUAAAGCCAAUAAGAGUCAGAAGCCGAGCAUUUCCCAUGCGUGAGUGCUCCACAUUCUCUCCCAAACAGGUGAAAUAAGCCCCACACGAUUUGCGGACAGGUGUGGAUCAAGGCUCUUAGAUGGGGUGAAAUUCAAUUAACUUAAAUUCUUAAAUGAUUUGAAUUUGCCAAAGUUAAAACUUUAAGAUCCUGUAUUCCGAAAACUUAAAUGUUUUAAGGCUUACUAUAUUUUGUAAGAGUUGAAAUAUGCACCAAUUUUAUAAGAAUCGAACUCUAGUGUUUGAUUAAUAUUAGUUAUAAUUCCAAAUAUUAAGAAAUGGAAUUAAUUUUCUAUAAUAUGUAAAGCUUUAUUCUGAUCAUGGUUUCUGAUCACCGAAACGUCUCCUAAAUUUUGAUGGCAAACUGAUACAAAAAUACUGAUAUGGCUCAUAAAAACGGAACAUGCAAUUCCGGGAACCCUAGCCGUCCCUGGAUUUGGUGCAUGGUUGUCGGGUUCUCUCAAUUAGCACCUGAGCACCCCACUGGCCCACUCGCCAACAGAAUCUGCCCCCAAAACUCGGGUCUCCAGCGGCUCAGUCUCCAUUGUGUCACAAACGCGAGCGGACGUCUCUCUCGAUCGGUAGCCAAUCCGUUGCAGCAGCUAUAGCCCCAUAGCUUCACCGAGUGAAAACCGAAAGUGAUCCGUACGAGAACCGAUUAUCAUGUCUGCCGGUGGCCGUUCCUCGCAGCUUCUGGCCCUCGUGGCCAUCUUCUUCAGCAGCUAUAUAGUGGGCAUUUACAGUGCGGCACGUGCCAGUAGCUUAGCCAUAACGUCGCAAUCGAAAGUUAAUGGAAGCCAGAUCCUAGGAAACGGAACCUGGAUACCGGGGAAUGAUACUUAUUUGGAGGCAGAGGAGGAUUCCAGCUUGGCCCGCAAUGGGACGCGACAUCCUCGCUGGUUUCCUUUCUACACAAUUGGCCGCUUCUCCAACGAUAUCUGCACGGGCAACAAUCUGCUCCUGGGAACCUGUGUAAUCAACGGAGAGUGUACAGACAACAGUGGAGUGGCGGCGGGCAGCUGCUCCUCCAUUACAGCUCAAGCCAUUUGCUGCAUUUAUCAAAGGACAUGUGGAGCCAGCACAACGUACAACAACACGUACUUCUACAACAGCAAUUAUCCGGCUCCUUAUGCAGGUGGCGGUCGCUGUUCUAUAGUAGUUACCCCGCCGGAUUCGACGAUCUGCCAGCUGCGAGUGGACUUCCUCUCCCUUUCGCUGGCUCCGCCGACAGGCGAUGGAUCCUGUUCCACCGAUGCUCUGACCAUCACCGGGGGAGCCUCGCAGGUGCCCACCAUCUGCGGUGAGAACUCAGGACAGCAUGUUUAUGUGGACUUCAACGGCGUGAAUCCGAUCACCAUCUCUGUGGCCACUUCCGGAGGCUAUACAUUCAACCGCAACUGGCAGUUCCAGAUAAGAAUGCUGGGUUGCUCCUCAGCCACUUUGGCUCCCGCCGGAUGUCUUCAGUACUAUAUGCCCAGUAGUGGCACCUUGGCCAGCUUUAACUACGUUUCGGCUGCUUCCUCGGCCCUGAAUUCGAUUGGAGUGCAGGGAACCAGGCAGCUGGCGAACACAAACUACGGAAUAUGCAUCCGCAAGGCGGCGGGAAUGUGCUCCAUCACCUACAGCCAGGUCAGCUCCGAUACGUACUCAUUCACACUCACAAACGAUGUGGGCGCCGUGGAUCCAACUCUGCUGGCCACCUCCUCCGUUCAGAGUCAGGAUUGCACCACGGACUAUUUAGUUAUUCCGGUGCCGACGCAGGGCGGCGUUUCGAUGCCCAGCGAUCGGUUUUGUGGACUCGGUCUGGUGUCCACGACCACGUCGGCAAAGCCUUUUGUGGUCUACACAGUAACAGAUGGAAAUGAGGACAUGGAUAUAUCGAAUCGCGGCUUCUAUUUGUCGUAUUCGCAAAACGCGUGUCCCAUUCUGUAAAUAUGGUAUACAAAAAAGACUUGAUUAUGAUAGCUUAAAAUAAAUGAUUAAAUAUUUAUUGGAAGAAAUAAUUGGGUUUCCUUUCUAAUCGAUAAAUGGUUAAGAAACUAUAGUUUAGAAACUAUAAAAACAACAUACCAAUACUAUUUCCAAUCCCAGCCAAUACUUAUAGUUUGUUUUCAAUGUUUCGUGAAAGUAGCAAUUAGCAAAAAUGAUCUAAUGGGAAUUUAAUCGUGUUCGAAGAAAACAAAUAUGUAUUAUUUUGCGGUUUUCUG